GACCGAGGAGGACUUCGGCACCAACAUCCGCGCCGAAGGCCUUGCUGACAGCGGCGCCGACAUCUGCCGCCUGCCCGACUGCUGCACCGGCGACGGCGCCGACCGCUUCCUCGACAGUUGCGCCGAUCGUGGCGCCGACCUGCCCAGGGAGCCCAGCCCCGACCUCGAUGCCGCGCUGCUCGAGGGUGUAUGUGAGGCACAGCGGAAGCCUGCGACGCGGCCACUCACGCGCGUCGGCAUGGAGCAAGUGCUGCACGAAUGCACGUUGCACUGGCUUCUCAGGGGCGACGUGAGGGCGCUCGACCUCGAGCGGGGCCGCGCCGAGGCGGGGGCGACGCUGCCUGGGCAUUUCUUCGGCGAUGCCGAGGAGAGCUCGGGGCGGUUCUCCUCUUCCUCCACCUCGUUCCGGGACGACGAGCGCGCCGACGUGAUGGGCGAGCUCGUCGCCUUGGACGUGCGCCGCGCAGGACUAUUUGAUUAUUUGCGCGAGCCGGGCGUGGUGGGCGAGGCCUCCCGGUGGCGCGGCAAGGGGGCGAUCGCCCAUAACUGCAUCGGAGCCGCGCCGAACUGCAUCGCGUCCACGCCGCGCUGCCUC